AUGUGGGCGUUGCACUCUCUCAUGUACAUAACUCGGGCCACAGAGAAGCAACAAGCCUAUCUGCUCGGCAACACAACACAACCUUGUGCCACAACCAUCCUGCUGCCAAUCUAUUGAGAGACAAGAGUUAUGGAAGACAGAGUAGGCUGCCCAUCUGUUUUUGUCGUGGAUGUGCCACAGAGGGAUGCCCCCUUUGUGCCACCCGUGCAGAAGACCCAGAAGAAACGGCCAUAUGGCCAGCUGCUGCUGGGAAUCCUGGUGCUGCUGGCGUUGGCUGGUCUAGCCAUAGAAGCUUAUUUCCUUCUCUGCUUCCGCAAGGAACUGGACAAAGCCACAUCACAGGGAGAUGCAGAUGCAACCUAUGAGAAAUUUGUACAAGGUCACAAACCUACCAUUGAAAAGCCAGCUGCUCAUCUGACACUAGGUUCCUCCGUCACUGUGGCUCCAAACGGAUCUCUGCAGUGGGAACCCACGAAUGGCUUGGCCUUCCUACAGGACAUGAACUACAGUGGUGGUUCCCUGAUUUGCACAAAACCUGGACACUAUUACAUCUAUUCCAAGCUCUACUUGGGGCAUUCAAACUGCCCAGACAUGCAACAGAACAGCCAGUUUGUCACUCACACCGUUUACAAGAGGACUUCUCAGUAUCCUGAUGCCAUGGUGCUGUUAACCAACAGCAUUCCUUACUGCAACUGGAAGAACAGCAAAGAUUGGAGGCAUAACAGCUUCCUUGCUGGAAUGGUGCAGCUGGAGGAAAAGAAUGAGGUGUUCAUCAAGGUGUCUCAGCCACAGCUGGUGUGGGUCAAGGACGAUUCAAGGUCAUAUUUUGGAGCCUUCAUGAUCUGAGAGCUGCGUUGGAAGGAUUUGCAUCUGGAG